GUAUGUAGUGCUUCCGGUCAAACCUGCGCUUCAGUUGCGCAGAACGAUUGAAUGCGAAAGCACCGGAGGAAGCACACAGUUUAUACGUCUUUGUUCGACUGCGCAGACUUACGCAGCGUGUGCUCCAGAUGAUCCAGCACAAACAUCAGGAAAGAGAAACAAUAAGCGAGGAGUUGGUGAUCACACAGCCGCGAGCUGAGGACGUGUCGAUAUCUCAGGAUCCAUGCGGACUCACACACUGACACCUCACGAUUUGAGCUGAACUUCAGCCUCGGGCUCCAUCGAAGCAUGUGAAGAAGUCGCCGGAGAGAAGAUGAAGUGUAUUUCGCUGUGGCUUAAAUGUCUCGGAUGAACACACUGGAUGUCCAAGUGGAGCAGCUCUUCGGGACUUUUGUUCCACAUGCUCCUGCUGUUUACUGUAGUAUGUGAAGUGUUUGCACAUUUAUUGCUUUAUUACCCCUGGAGUUUGCCCCGCUGCCACCGUCUUCCUGCAACAUGACCGGCAACGGGCGCUCCGGUAAAUCCAAGUUCUGGCCCUCGUUCGGCAGCUUCAGGCCGCGGUCGGAGCGCGUGAUGCUGACCCGCAGCGAGAGCACGCCGGGAGAGCCGGUCCUGAAGAUCACCAUCACCGAGACCACGGUGAUCGAGGCCGACUCGGGCGUCUGGAACUCCAGAGCUCUGACGUACCUGGCGCUCUGGUACUUCUUCAGCUUCUGCACGCUCUUCCUCAACAAGUACAUCCUGUCUCUGCUGGAGGGAGAGCCGAGCAUGCUGGGUGCCGUCCAGAUGCUUUCCACAACUGUCAUCGGCUGUGUGAAGAUGUUCGUGCCUUGCCCCCUGUACCAUCACAAAUCCCGACCCGAAUACCCCCCCCACUUCCUCAUGAUCAUGCUGUUUGUGGGACUGAUGAGGUUCACAACUGUGGUGUUGGGUUUGGUUAGUCUGAAGAAUGUGGCCGUGUCAUUCGCUGAGACGGUGAAGAGCUCCGCGCCCAUCUUCACUGUCAUCAUGUCUCGCCUCAUACUGGGAGAAUACACAGGUUUCUGGGUGAAUUUGUCUCUGGUUCCUGUGAUGGCGGGUCUGGCUCUCUGCACCGCCACUGAGAUCAGCUUCAACAUGCUGGGCUUUUCUGCCGCUCUCUCCACCAACAUCAUGGACUGCUUACAGAAUGUGUUUUCCAAGAAACUGCUGAGUGGAGACAAGUACAAGUUCAGUCCUCCAGAGCUUCAGUUUUACACCAGCGCUGCUGCUAUCAUCAUGCUCAUACCUGCCUGGAUCUUCCUGAUGGACCUGCCUCUGACAGGGAAGAGUGAACACACCUUCAGACUGUCUCAUGACAUCGUGCUGCUGCUGCUGUUUGACGGCGUGCUCUUCCACUUACAGAGCGUCACGGCGUACGCGCUCAUGGGCCGUAUCUCCCCCGUUACGUUCAGUGUUGCGAGCACGGUGAAGCACGCUCUGUCCAUCUGGCUGAGCAUCAUCGUGUUCAGUAAUCCCAUCACGCUGGUGUCCGCCGCCGGGACCGUCAUGGUGUUCGUGGGAGUCCUGCUCUAUAACAAGGCCAAACAGAUGCAGAGAGACACUCUCAUCCAGCACGCUCUCGACCAGUCGGCUGAAUCCGAGCAGAAACCCAUGAUCCAGGACGGAGACAUCAAGUCUGUCAACUAAAGCCAGUUCCUUUCAACUGACUGAUGGAGUCCCGAGUCCAAACGCAGGUAUCCUGAGUGAAUCCUGUACUGACGCUACUGGAAGCAGUUCAAGAAGCUUUCAAAAUAAACGCUUUCUGUUGGUAGCUCAUUGGUCCGGGAAUCAGGUUUGACAAGGGGAUUAAGCCUUAUGCACCUGUGGUUUCUGGGACCCUAUAAAACCUUCACAGGUUUAGUGAAAACUGAAAGAGAGACUCUUGAGAAAUCCUCAAGCAGUUAAACCCCAAAUAGUCAAUGCAAUAUUGUAUGGUAUUACUGUAUUUAUUACUGUAUACAAAAAUAUUGUUUGAGUGAGUGCGUGACUCUCACCAGCAAAUAUCCAGCUCAUAUUUUACCCCAAAAUAAUAAUCACUAAAAAAAAUCAAUUUUGUAAUUCUUUAGACAAGUAAUGUCAAUGUCAAUGUAAAAAGAAAAUCCUAAAAUGUACUCUUUAUACAAAAUAAAACUGACUUUCUUCUUCUGAUAUUGGGGUGAACUAUGACAUUACAUGUCAGUAUAUAAGUAUAUUUUGCAGACACAAUGUCUGAUAAAGCUCAUUUCUUAAUUGAAUGCUCUCACAUUCCACCACUUAUGUAAAAAAAAAAAAAAAAAGAGAGAGAAAUCUAGUUUUUGUAUCUUCUCUGUAAAGCGCAGGACUUUGUUCAUUCCACAUGCAGUGAUUGUAGCAAAUCACAAUCUUCGUCCAACCUGUGUUUUGACUCUCACGGUCAGGAUUUACUGUAUGGUUGCAGAAACUUGCAGGUUUGUUUCGCUUUCUCAUUGUAUUACUCUUCUCACUUAUUUUGGAUCUGGAACAUAAGGGAUGACUUUGUCAUUUACCUUUUCUCAAUUAUGUCCAGAUGAUCAAAUGACUUGAAGUUUCCGUGUGGUUUUGUUCUUCUCUUUAUUAGAUGUCUUGAAGGGUUUUUCCAUUUGUUCUCUUCAUAGUUUGUUUUAAUUCCCUCUUCGUGAAUGUUUUUUUUAAAUGAUAUGACCGAAAUAGACUCAUCGGUUUGUCAAGUCCUUGAUGAAUCCGCUGACAAAAUGGCUUUGCAAUGUUACGUGUAAGAAAAAAAAAAUCAGCUGGUGGGUUGCGUAUGUUAUAAACUGAUGUAUGUUUGUACAAUAACCACUAAUGGGAAUUGUCUGUAUAAUUUGGUCUUUAUUUGUGCAUUGGUAACAUUUGAUUUAUAUGAAUUUUGCAUUUCUUUAUUAAAUGUACACAUUGCAA